AUGGAUCCACCGACGCCCUCACACGGCCAAUUCAUGGAGUCCUCGUACCCAGAUGAACUCCCUCCAGCAUACUACGGCAACGAGGAUGCCAGCAGCAACAUCAACGGCUCGCCGAACCAGAAUGAAAAUGGAGCAGCAACAGCUUCAAUGAGACUGCUGCCGACUGGCUACGAUGAGGAUAUCGAUAACAGCAGUGAUCUAGGAACAAACGCUGCACGUUUUCGAUUAGGCCAAACAUCAUCAACCCGCAGAGCGUACGUAGCCGAUAUUAACCCUGACUUGAAACCCCUCAAGAAGGUGUCUUUUCUUUCUUCUUCUAUGGAAACCCUCAAGGAACCCCCAUUCCCUCAACCUGUUGUUAUUCGCCGUGCUUCGGAAGAUCCAUGUAAGCACAGAGUGGAGACUGUCAUGCAAUCAACAACCCCAAACAUGGAGAAUCACAGACAAAAUGCACCGUCACGUUCAAAAAAUGCACAGGCAUAUGGAUAUGGCAAACCAAAGAAUAUCCUUCCCCUACCCCUCUUUGCCAAAAUACCAGCCCCUUCAAGGCUCCCUGAUGAACAGAACCCCAAGGCUCAGGAAAUGGAUCUUAGUAUGAUCGAAAAUAGGGCUAACAAUGUUCCAAACAGUGCCAACCCGUCACCUACCAGAGCAACACCCAACCGGUACCCAGCAUUUCGUCCGCGUCAGAACUCGACCGCUAAUAUCUCCAAUGCCGGGUCACGCCCUGGCUCUAGUAUGGGCUACACUCCUUCAAUCCCGCCACCUGCUCCCUCAGUCGCAGAAGUACCACAGUACUCUUCUAGACCAGGUUCUCCGACACGACCGUGGACUCCAUCGCGGGCCUCUACCAGAAGAGGCGCGAAUUCUUCUAUAUCGGGGGUCAGCUACGAGCCUGCAGACAUCAAUGGAAGUCCACGACCAGGUACACCAAGCUCGCAGUACGGAGGCAGUCCGCGACGGCCUCUUCCCCCCGCUCCUCUGUUCUCAGGACCUAAAGCUAGCAGUAUUUCCGGAGAGACAAGCAUAGAUAUUGGUGAAGCACAUUCUGCAGAAGAUCCCUUUGGCGGGAAUGGACAGACCAUUGAUCCAAGGCGUUCCUACGACUCCUUUAGAAGCGAAUCGACAAUGGUCACUGACGAGAAAGAAGAUUUGGUAAAAGUCGACCUUGAUGGAGAAUCCCAGGAGGAUACCGAAAUGCUUGCCGACACGAACCUACAUUAUGGGCCUGCCCCGGAGGGCAAACAAAGCCGUCGAGGCGUACGAGCAGCACAGGUGUCAAAGAAGGAAGUUCAGCUUAUCAACGGCGAGCUUAUUUUGGAGUGUAAGAUCCCUACUAUCCUACAUAGUUUCCUUCCACGACGCGAUGAGCGUGAGUUCACUCACAUGCGGUACACCGCCAUCACCUGUGAUCCGGAUGAAUUCAAGGAGCGAGGCUACAAAUUGCGCCAGAACAUCGGAAGUACCAUGCGGGAGACAGAGCUGUUCAUUUGCGUUACCAUGUACAAUGAGAACGAAAUAUUGUUUACCCGGACGAUGCAUGGUAUCAUGCGCAACAUUAGCCAUUUCUGCUCCCGUGCGAAGUCACGUACCUGGGGAAAGGACGGUUGGCAAAAGAUUGUUGUGUGCAUUAUCUCCGACGGUCGUUCCAAGGUCCACAAGCGGACACUUGAUGCCUUGGCUGCCAUGGGUGUGUACCAGGGAGGCAUUGCAAAGAACGUGGUCAAUCAGAAAGAAGUCACAGCCCACUUGUACGAAUACACGACUCAAGUUUCAUUGGACUCGGACUUGAAGUUCAAAGGUGCCGAGAAGGGUAUUGUGCCUUGCCAGGUGAUGUUUUGUCUGAAGGAACAGAACCAGAAGAAACUCAAUUCUCACCGAUGGUUCUUCAAUGCUUUCGCUCCCAUGUUGGACCCCAACGUGUGCAUCUUACUCGAUGUAGGAACAGAGCCAGCCCCUACAGCACUCUACCAUCUGUGGAAAGCAUUUGACCAGGAUUCAAACGUCGCCGGAGCAGCGGGCGAGAUUAUUGCGGGUAAAGGGAAACACUUCCGGGGUCUAUUGAAUCCUCUGGUUGCGUCGCAGAACUUCGAGUACAAAAUGUCGAACAUCUUGGAUAAGCCGCUGGAAUCUGUCUUCGGUUAUAUUACGGUGCUUCCUGGUGCUCUGAGUGCGUAUCGUUAUUACGCUCUGCAGAACAAUGCGGAUGGACAUGGACCCCUUGCACAAUACUUCAAAGGUGAGACUUUACAAGGUAAAGAUGCCGACGUUUUCACCGCGAAUAUGUACUUGGCCGAGGACCGUAUUCUCUGCUGGGAGCUUGUGGCCAAGAAGGGUGAAAGAUGGGUGUUGAAGUUUGUGAAGAGUGCUGUUGGUGAAACUGAUGUGCCUGACUCGAUCCCGGAAUUCGUCUCACAGCGACGUCGUUGGCUAAACGGUGCUUUUUUCGCAGCCGUUUUCUCUUUGGCCAACAUGAAGCAGAUCUGGGAAACAGACCACACAUUGACAAGAAAGAUUCUUCUUCAUGUCGAAUUCGUGUAUCAGUUCUUCCAACUCUUAUUUACAUAUUUCGGCUUGGCAAACUUCUAUCUAGCAUUCUACUUUAUUGCAGGAUCUCUUUCUAGUUCAGAUAUUGAUCCAUUCGGUCACAACAUGGGAAAGUGGAUAUUCGAGGUUCUUCGCUAUGCAUGCGUAUUGCUCAUGGCAUGGCAAUUUAUUCUUUGUAUGGGUAAUAGACCUCAAGGCUCGCGAAAAAUGUUCUUGUUGGGUAUCAUUGUGUAUGCCCUUAUCAUGGCGUACACAUUAUUCGCAACAUUCUAUUUAGUCGUCAUCAAACUGAAAGGCAGUGAUGGAAUAUCGCUCGGUUCUGGCGAUUUCGCCGACAUUGUUAUAUCCCUCAUGUCGACAAUGGGACUAUACAUCUUCACGUCGUUCCUGUAUCUCGACCCAUGGCACCUAGUCACAUCCUCCGGAGCAUACUUCCUCAUGAUGCCAAGCUAUAUCUGUACGCUGCAAACAUACGCAUUCUGCAACACGCACGAUGUGACUUGGGGUACGAAGGGAGAUAACGUGCACCGCAUGGAUCUUGGAGCCGCCAAGGGUCUCGGUGGAUCCAAAGUCAUCAUGGAAAUGCCUACUGAGCAACUGGACAUCGACAGUGGAUACGACGAGGCACUGCGCAAUCUUCGAGACCGCCUGGAGGAACCCGAACCCCCGGUCCCCGAGAGCCAGCUGCAGGAAGACUACUACCGCGCGGUACGCACAUACAUGGUUUCUUGCUGGAUGGGCUCCAACGCGCUUCUUGCCAUGCUUGUCUCUGAUGUGUAUGGAACCACAUCAACAAACAACGUAUACCUCGCAAUUAUCCUGUGGUCUGUGGCGGGGCUGGCGGCUAUCCGUGCCACUGGGUCCAUCACCUAUGCCAUUCUUAAUCUCGUCCAUAAAAUUGCCGAGGGUCGCAUGAAAUUCCAAGCGGGCUCUCUGGGCUCCAAAUCUGGGAGCGCUGGAGGUGGCAGUAGUGCUGCUGGCAGCGCUAUCGGAUCGAGUCGCUAUGGCGGUAAUGCCAGCGUGAAAGACUGGAUUGCGGAACAGGGGUGGAGUAUCCAACGAAAGGCAAGGAAGUUGAUGUUUUGGCGUAAAUAA